AAUCUUUAUUUCUAGAAUUUUCGACGGCCGCGGCAUUCCCUUUGCCGAGCCCAACUUGGAAUAUUUUCAAUAGCAGAGGCCCUAUCAUCCGGUACCAUGUCUCAACCUUCCACCGCCGCUAAGCUCACCUCGGGUCAAGACCAUGUGGCUUCACGCCAAGAUAAUCUGCUGGGCAAGAUAUCGGAGAUGGAGAAAUCUAUGGGCAAGAUAUCGCAGAUGGAGAAAUCUCUGGGCAAGAUAUGGGAGAUGAAGAAAUCUCUGGGCAAGAUACCGGAGAUGGAGGAAUCUCUGGGCCAACUGUUUGAUUUGACAAAAUCAAUAACGGAGGAGCUUUGCUUACUACUCCCCAUCCCACACGUAACGACGGCCAUUCCAAUUUCCACGGUGAUUGACGGCAGUCCCAACCAUGAGGCCGUUAAGCUUUAUCCAAGCAGCUUGCUUGUGGAUUGGGAGCAUGCAUCAACUAGAUCUGUAUAUUUAUUGGUGUCUUCUUAUGGGCGCGAAUACUCUAAUGCAAUUUAUGAAGUGAAAUUCAAACACGGAGCAGGAGUCACUCAUGAACCCCCAGUGGUUGGACUUGUUGCCAAGUUCUGUGAGGGUAUAUGCUUUCAAGCUGCACGGAAUUUCAACCGCUCCAAAUUAUACAUUCUUAUGCAGGAAGGUGGAUAUAUUAUUGACACCAACAAUAAUAGGUUAACACAUUCAUCUAUUCCUCCUACCCUAGCUCCUAAAUCAAUAGCAACAGUUGUGUCUGCGUAUGACAAGAUUUAUUGUGUUGCAAGUCCAGCAUGCUUCCCACUAAGUUCGGAGGCCUCAUUUGAGAGAUAUGAUCCUGAUCGGAAUAUUUGGGAGGAAAUGCCUUCGUUUCCAUUUUAUAGAUAUUAUGACACCUAUAUGGAUAUAACUGGUUAUGCUGUUUGUUAUGGCGUUAUUUUGUUUUCAUUGUGUGGGUGGAAAGAAAAUAAUUUCGAUGUCGUUGCUUUUCAUGAGAGUAGAAAGCGAUGGAAUCGGGUGCAAGUUGACACUUCUAUUCGUUAUGCUCCUUUCCAUGGGAGGGCUGUGGUUGUCGGCAAGACUAUAUGUGCCUUACAUGGGGAUGAGUUUAUAGGAUUCUCUUUUAGUAUGGACAAAGGUAAUGACGAUAUUAUUGCGUACUCCCUAAGAAAAAUGUUUGUAUUGCAAGGCCUGGAGAUUGCGAGUCCGCCAUGGCCAUUUUGUGACUAUAAGACAGAGUAUUUAGUUCAUUUGGGGAACCUUGACUUUUUCCAUGUAAAGACUGGUUGUUGCGAUGUAAAUAUCGAGGUUCAAUUUCUUUGUAUCACCACAUUUCAAGUUGUUGUUGGAGAUGGAGGAAGAGAUAUGAUCAAGACCAUAAAUUCAACUGUUCAUUCUGUGGAUAUCCAGGACCUUGAUUGGUUCUGGCUUGUUUUCUGCUUUACGCCUGAUUUUGGAGAUUAUGAACCUAUUUCGGAUAAACAAGACUGCACUAUCGAUGAGAAUUGUUUUCUGGUUGGGGGGAAUUACACGACAAUGGCAAAGAAAGAAGAAGCUAAGCAAGGACUAGCGGCUAGAAAGCUGGAAGAAAUAGCCGCUAGGCAGCUUGAAAUAAGAAAUUAUAAGAAAAUUUGCCCCUCAAAUAUGCGAAUUCAGAAGCCUCGGGGAGCCACCACCUAGAAGAAAAAAUUUCCUAUAAUCUAGUCUAGGUCAUUUUAAUUUGCCUCUGUUGACUUGUUUUGGCUUGACUCUUCUGAACGUAAAAUUUUCCAGAGGAAAUGAUAACUGCAACAUCAUAUUAUAUUAUAGUGUUUGUGGGAUUU